AUGGAGCAGCAGCAAGACCAGACUCAGGAUGAGAAGCCCAACCCGCCGCCCGCCCAGGCAACCCUCCAUGAGGUGCGGACUGCCGAAAACAGUGCUGCCUACCUGCUGCCCAAGCUGCAGUCUAUGAAAGAGGCCAAACCGCAAUUGGCGCUUUUGGAUGUCGGGGCCGGCUCCGGCACCAUCUCCGUGAGUUUCGCAAAGCUCAUCCCCGGCGGCCACGUUACCGGCAUCGACCUCAAUCCUAACAUCCUGCCACGGGCAAGGGCCGUCGCCGAAAUGGCUGGGGUCAAGAACAUCGACUUCCAGCAGGGCAGCGUCUACCAGCUCCCUUUUGCCGAUGAGACAUUCGACGUCACCUUCUGCCAUCAGGUGCUAAUUCACAUUGGCAACCCGUGGGAUGCGCUGCGUGAAAUGCUCCGAGUCACCAAGCGAGGCGGAGUGGUCGCCGCCCGCGAAGGUGACUAUGAGAGCGAGUGCGUUUGGCCCGAACUUCCCGAGCUGGCCAAGUUCCACAAGCUCAUGGCGGGUCUGAUGAGGUCUGGGGGUGGCACGCCCAAUGCAGGCCGACAGCUGCUUUCUUGGGCCCUCAAGGCCGGUGUCGAACCAAGCCAGGUGACGCUCAGCUAUAGUCCAUUGUCAUACGACACACCAAGCAGGAGGCAGACCUGCUCCCGGGGCUUGUGUGAACAGCUACGAGGCGGUCCUAUGCGCGAGAAAGCCAUCAAAUUCGGUCUAGCGACCGAGGGUGAUUUCGAAGGAAUGACCAAAGCUUGGGAAGAGUGGGCGAAGAGAGAUGAUGCAAGCUUGGCCAUGCUCAAUGGAGAAAUCCUCGUACAAAAGUAA